AUGGGAAACUUCCCUGCUCUGCCGGGAUUAUACAAGAUAUUAUUUCUUUACCUGGAGCCAGCGUCUACCAUCACUCCAGCCUUUUUAACUUGGUUUUACCCCGGAGCAGCUUGGUUUCAUCACCAACUCAUUCCUUCAUCCGACCCUUUUCCGAAAAUCUUAGAAUCACGAACCGCCAUGCUUGUCUGGCAGCUCGGUAACUGUUAUCUACUUCUAGGAUUACUCUCCUCACUCGUCUUCAGAGCGGUGCGAGACACAUUGCCCGGAAAUCCAACGGCACAGGAGAGAAUUCUCGGAGCCAGCCUUCUCGCCAUGGCCAUCGCAGAUGUUUUUCUGACUAUCAUCAUCUUCAGCAUCGCUGCAACUGUCAUCGGCCUUCCCUCCGCCGUAAGAUAUACCCCUUACACAUGGAAUGCUACGACACAUGGAAAUAUCAGCUUUGUGGUGGUGCUUCUGAUGUUCAGAAUUGCUUGGUUCUUGGGCAUAGGCCGCCAGACUUAUUACUUUGGGAAGCCGAAGAACACGAACAUCCAGAAGAAUCUGUAA